UGGCUGAACUCGUUGUUAUUAUUCUGCCUGCAAGACAUAUUUUGAUGCAAUAUUGUUGAUAGUUGAGCAAUUCACGUGAGUUUGAAGUGUCUGCAGAAAAAAUAAAGUGAAGAAGUGAUUUGGAUUAAUUGUUAUUCACUGAAGAGCAUUGAGAAGGAUUUACCAAAGGGAAAAAACAAUAAAUAAAUUAUGGUGAGGUACAUAGAGUUCCAAGCAGUUGUGCUGGCGGGUGGCAAGGGUUCCAGGAUGACAGAGCUGACAGCGGGCAAACCUAAGUGCCUCCUUCCAGUGCACAAUCUCCCAAUGAUCUACUACCCCCUUGCCUCCCUCGAAAAGGCAGGCUUCACCGAGGCAAUCGUCGUAGUCACGGAAUCGACGCGUAAAGAAGUCUCCUCAGUCCUCGACAAACUCUCUCUCACACUAAAACCAGAAGUCACUGGAAUACCAGAUGGCGAGGAUCUGGGCACAGCCGACGCUGUGAGAUUCAUCAGUGAUAAAAUUCAUAAAGACUUCAUCGUGGUUUCCUGCGAUUUGAUUGCUGAUAUCGACAUCUCUGAGAUCCUCAAUUCGUACAGAAAAUACAAUGCGAGUAUUACAGCCCUGAUGUUACCGGCUCCAAAGGUCCCUGGGACAUUCGUCACGCCUGGGCCCAAGAGUAAACAAAAGCCAGAGACUGAUUUAAUUGGCAUCGACAAUAGAACUAAUCGAUUGGUUUUCCUUGCCUCUGCCUCUGAUUUCGAGGAGACUUUCACUAUUUCCCAGAAGUUGCUGAGGAAACACACGAGCUUUACUAUUCAUUCGAAAUUGUUGGAUGCACAUUUUUAUAUUAUGAAGAAAUGGGUACUCGACUUCUUGGUGCAUAACAAGAAUUUUGGAACUCUCAAGGGUGAACUGCUUCCCUACAUCGUCAGCAAACAGUUGAGCAGGCCUCCGAAACAAGCUCUUGACGACAAAAAUACUUCGAUAGUAAAAAUGGACAUCAGAGAGGACAUCUUCCGAUUCGCUGUAGAAAAAUCCCCGGAUGAAUUGAUAAGGGAGAUGUCAGCGUUCAAUGACCACUCCUUCGAUCUCGAAGGAGCUUAUCACGGAGACUUGAUCAGAUGCUAUGCGCAUCUGGUCACCGACAAGUUUGGACUCAGAGCAAACACUGUGCAAAUGUACAGUUUGGCCAAUAGUCAGCUUCCUCAACUUCCAUUCUGCAAUAUAACAAACAACGUGAUUUCUCCUUUGGCCACAGUCAAGAGUACUCAAGUAACAAAUUGUAGAAUCGAUGAACUAGCCUCGGUCGAUGAGAAAACAUCGAUUAAACAAAGUCACAUUGGUCCUGGCUCUGUAAUAGAGCAAAAAACAAGAGUUGCAGACUCCGUCAUCAUGGGGAAUGUCGUCAUUAAGCAGAGAUGUGUCAUCAACAACUGCAUUUUAUGCAACAAUUGUGUCAUCGAGGAGGGCACAGAGCUGAAGGACUGCCUCGUUGGAGCUCAGCACAUUGUUCCUGGUGGUGGAACCCACUCUCGAGAAGUCUUAACUGAUGUAGACAGACUUAUGGAAAUUUAAUAAAAUUAUAUAUUUGCAGAA